CCCUGGGCUGCAUUUUUGAACCAGACCUUCUCUACAUUGUGAAGCAGGAUGGAUUCUUGAAUGCUUUAUUUCCCUCAACGUGAGGACGCCGUGCACAUCCCCUCUCCCUUUCUCCGCCCAAGUCGGUCGUUAAUGCGGAGAAGCCUCCCAAGGUUGUCUAGGCCCCAUGCUCCGAAUGCUCUUCAGCAUCUUGUUGCCUGAGCACAGCAAACCAUGAACCUGAUCCUCUCUCUCACAUCUUCCAUUCUGUGCCUGUUACCUAGCGCCUAACGCCCCCACCCCCCUUUACGGUUUCAUUGUUGUUCAUUAUCUUAUACAAAUUCUUUUUGGCAGCUUGGUCCGUUAGCAUGGCUAUCCGCAGCGCAACUGGUACCUUUCUAUUUCCUUGAUCCAACCAGAUCUGCUCCACGGUCCUUCUGGAUUCUGUGUCUAUAUUCAACUACUUGCUCUUUAUAUGAUUCUCAACUUUACAACAAAACAUCAUGCACCAACAUCCUCGAUCACCGGCUCCUCCGCCACCGGCAUCUGCAACCAGGUCGAGCCGCUCGGAGGACAAUCGAGAGCAGGACACUCGUCCAACUUCCCCAGCCUUCGAUCCUAGAACAUCAAGCAGAGGAUUGGGGAUAGAGACGGGCCCUGAGUCGCCAGAACAGAGCCAAGCUCGACGACCCUCAAAAGAAGCCAUAGCUAAACUCAACCAAAUCAUAUCAAACUACCAUACCAAAGCCGCUCUGAUAAUCCUUCAUUCCCGCGUUGAGCUCCCUCCAUCCUUCAACAAAGGCUCCGAUACUCCUAGGGUUAACCGCUGGUUCAACGUUGAGCUAGAAGAUACCGACGUGCUGCGAGAACAACUACGAACCUGGAGAACAUGUGACGCGAGUGAGAACCGGCCUCCGCCGCUGAUUAUCGAGACAUACCUAGACACUAAAGGGCUCACCAACAACCAAAGCCUCGUUGCCUUGGAUGAACAUGGGAAACGAUUUGAUGUUUUGGAGUCUCUGUCCUCGUCUCCAGAAAGGCGAUCUACCGCGCCCCUCUCGGCUGGGUCUGACGAUGUGAUUCUGGAGCGGUGGAAGGUGGAACUCGGAGGCAUGUCUGAUAAACUACCGACGGAUCUUGGUUCUAUUCUGCCUACGAUCUACAAAAAGAGCAUCGUCCUGUUCAGGUCCUUGUUCACAUAUUCUAAAUUCUUGCCUGCCUGGAAGUUUGCAAAACGCACCGGCAGACUUCGAGCACACCCGGCCUUGCGGAUCAAAUACCGUAUUUCGGCGGGGAAUCUCGAUGCAGGGAGCUCGAAGCCAGAUCGGUUGACGAUGCCACUGUUUGAAAGCAGCGGUAAAGUUGUGGAGACGUACACCUUUGGGGUGACGGAUUCACCUGCUGGUCCCUUCUCCGUCGAGGUCACAUAUCGAACGAGCUGCGAAUUCCGUGUAGAUGAUUCUGAAGCCCUUCUUAGUUCGCGUUUCAUGGGUGCCGAUGAUGAAGGCUUUCGUCCCUCACUUCCAAGUCGAGAUUCGCAUAUGAAAGUCGCCAAUCCGGAAGUAGGGUCAGUACCCCUUGAGAAACGGACUGUCGAAGAUCCAGACUUUGGGCGUGCCUAUGGCAGCCUCUCGACCUUCCAUAAUGUCGGGCCUACCACUAGCGCCAGUCCUAUAUCAGCCCUACGUGCUGCACAGCAGGCUGGCGCCACGUCUCCCUCACCACCCGCAUCAUCGUCUCGGAAGCCUCUUUCUAUGAACAAAGCAAGUCCUAUAGGCCGUGCGGCUGUUCUCGCCAGUGAAGGUAGCCCGGGCGUCGUUAGGCGGCCUUCCAUCUCUUUCCAGCCUUUCAAAGCUCCGCCAUUGUCUGCCUCUCCCUCACUUGUUGAUCCUCCGCUUGUGGCUUCUCCGCGGUCGACAGCGGCGCCUCGUAUACCUAUUUCUGAUGCCAAACCCGUGCCUCCCCCGUCUACAACAAGCUCUACCCGAAAGUCAUUGCCUGGCACCUCCGAGCAGACUGUUGCUCCUUCGAGCUCUGCAUCGCCGCGGCCUGCUUCUAUCGCAAGAUAUAGUAGCGCUUUCUCGCACCGUCGUGCAAGGCCUUCUUCCGGUAACAUCACCAGGCCUGAAGAUGAUACCUCAAGCGGGAGAGCUAGUGCCACCUCAUCAAGCGCUCAACCUGGCUCUGGUCUACUUGCGGAAGCAACCGGGACAAGUGCUGAUUCACUCCACGCUGACGAUGAGAAUAUUUCGGACUUUCUAAAGUCGCUGGAUAUGCACAAAGAUUUGCUGAGCAACUCGAAGUCGACUGCUCGUGACGAUCAAGGACGCCGAACAACGGCCCCAUCUGCUGCGUUGAGUCGCUUUCAACGCAUGAAGGACUCCAAUGCUGCUCUAUCGGAUUCCAUUACCUCCUCAUUGAUGCUUCAUCGCUCGUCCAUCUCAUCAAGCAGGCAGUUGUCUAGUGUUCCGCCAAUGGUGGCUGGCACUUCAAUUUCUACGGCUUCCUCACCGGGAAAGCCUAUUUCCCCCCACACCCCCCACACCCCGGCUAUUCCUUCGCGCUUGAGCUCGAACAGUAUUGUUGACUAUAAUGAUCCUGGGAACAACGAUCGACGAGAGUCACAUGUCGACCACAGCUCGCCCCUCGAUGAGAACGUCAGUGAAGGAACGGCCAUGGUUAACCCAUCGAACGUAAAUGCAAUCGAUAUUCCUACGUCACCCACGUCACUCUUUCCACCCACGUAUCGUCGGCCAAGCUCUGCUGCUCACCGUCGACGGACAAUUACGACAGAUGACGAGGAAAUUUUCCCCUUCAACCUUCGCAGCAUAAGUUUGGGAGCUGAGGACAGGUCCAACAGCAGCCUCAGUGCCAUGCAACGUCAGCAUGAUUACGAAAGCGAUAAGGCCAGUUCGAAUCAGACGCAUAGAGUGCAGCAGGCCCCGCCCGGCACUGAGGAUCCAUCCUUGGCACCUAGCACUGCAACACGCACGAUGGGUACCCAUCGAGGUGCAGCCGCGUCGGGGCCGUCAGCAGUCACGUCGGGUCAUCAUGUGUAUCAGCCGCGUUUUAGCCUUUCUCGUGGACGAGGCCUCUCCGGCCCUCAGUCUCUCAGCUCCGGGUCAGGUAGCCUUGCACGUGGCUCAACGAUUCCUUCAUAUCUCACCGAGCGCGAUCACGAUCGUGACGGCAACGCCAGUGGGAGCAACAGCGGUACCUCAAUGAUUGAGGGCCGACGACCCAGCACCGGCCGCAAUAAUCCUCCGCAAUCGCAAGUUGAGGAGGACGAACCGUUGCUGUUUGCGAUGAGUGAUUUCGGGGCCUCUCGCCGAAGCUUUGAGGAAGGCAGGCAAGGCAAUCAUAGCGCUGACCCCACUGGUAAUUCCGGCGGAUCGAGACGAGGCGGCGGCAGGCGAGCCGGCGGUCUUUCUGGCUUCCCUGUCUGGCCAUGAAAGGACUACAAUCAACCUCUCACACCCACACUUUAACUCUGAUUAUCUUCUCGGAUGCUUUCUGCAUCUUGGAUGUUUGAUUUUGACCGCUUUCUCCACCAUCUCACAUACCACCAAUUUCCUUCUAUUCACUCAC